CAUCAGUUCAAUACGAUCUAUUCAAUCAUAAUCAUGUUCAAGUGUUUCGUCGUCACUGCUCUAUUUGCUCUCACAGCUGCUGACAAUGCUCCCAGAUAUGGGGCGGAGCCAAGCUACGACGAGCCGGCUGUUUACUCUUACAAUUAUGCUGUGGCGGAUGAUUACUCCGGUUCUAGGUUUAAUGCUGGAGAAAGCAGGGACGGAUAUUCUACCUCUGGUUCCUACUCCGUAAACCUUCCUGAUGGACGGAUCCAGACUGUUAAUUACAAGGUUGCUGAUGCUUACAGUGGAUAUGUUGCUGAUGUUACCUACUCGGGAGAGGCUAGUUAUUCCUCUGCUCCCGCUCCCUAUAAGGCUGCUUCUGCUCCCUACAAUCCCGCUCCUGCUUCCUACAAUCCCGCUCCUGCUUCCUACAAGGCUUCUCCCGCUCCCUACAAAGCUGCACCCGCUUUCUAUAAGGCUGCCCCUGCACCCUACAAGCCCGCUCCUGCUCCCUACAAAGCUGCUCCUGUCUACGCUCCUACUCCUGCUCCAGCUUACGCCCCUGCUCCUGCACCAGCUUACGCCCCUGCUCCUGCACCAGCUUACGCCCCUGCCCCUGCUCCUGCAUACGCACCUGCUCCUACGGUGUACAAGACAGUUCCCGUGUACAAAUCUGGAUAAACAUCAGAAGAACAAUGUACAUUGUACAUUUUGUACAUUAUGAAUGUACCAAAAUUUUCAGAUUAUUUAUUAUUUAUUUAUGUUUCGAAAUAAACUUCACAUAAAGCUUAAAAA